GGCAGCGGCGGCCGCCGGCGGGAGCCCGCGCAGCCAUGAACCCCAACUGCGCCCGCUGCGGCAAGAUCGUCUACCCCACGGAGAAGGUGAACUGCCUGGACAAGUUCUGGCAUAAAGCAUGUUUCCACUGCGAGACCUGCAAGAUGACCCUAAACAUGAAAAACUACAAGGGCUAUGAGAAGAAGCCGUACUGCAAUGCACACUACCCGAAGCAGUCCUUCACCAUGGUGGCAGAUACUCCCGAGAACCUGCGUCUAAAGCAGCAGAGUGAGCUUCAGAGCCAGAUUCGCUACAAGGAGGAGUUUGAGAAGAACAAGGGGAAAGGCUUCAGUGUGGUGGCUGAUACCCCAGAGCUGCAGAGAAUCAAAAAGACUCAGGAUCAGAUCAGCAAUAUAAAAUACCAUGAAGAGUUUGAGAGGAGCAGGAUGGGCCCAAGUCCCAGUGAGGGCGCUGAUCUGGAGCGCAGGAACUCCCAGGAGAGCACCAACUACCGGAGACCUGCAGAGCAGAAUCAGCCACCUCAUCACGUCCAGCCCAGCAACCCAGUCUACCAGCAGCAGCAGCCAUCGUCUCAAUCCUACGGCUACAAGGAGCCUGCAGCACCAGCCUCUACACAGCGCAAUGCUCCUUCUGGAGGAGGGAAGCGGUUCCGCGCCGUCUAUGAUUACAACGCGGCCGACGAAGAUGAGGUCUCCUUCCAGGAUGGCGAUACCAUCAUCAACGUGCAGCAGAUUGACGAUGGAUGGAUGUACGGCACGGUGGAGCGCACAGGAGACACAGGCAUGCUCCCUGCCAACUACGUGGAGGCCAUCUGAGCCACGGGAGGGGACGGGGUGCGUGGCUGACAGCAGAGACCCCAGCCCACGCCGGCCCCAGUGUGUGUGUGUGCGUGUGUGUGUGUGCGCGCGUGUGCGUCUCUCUCUCUCUCUCACCCGGCAUCCCUUAUCCAGUGUGUUCUGCCGUUGCCCACCAGAGCUGUGUCCUGACAUCUCGGUUACUUUAUGUUUCUGCAGCUGCCUCUGGUUUCUCUUGCCAAUUUAGCUUUGUUCUGUAGCUCUGUCGGGACUGAGGGAGCUCUGUCUGCAAGGGAUGUUGGGGGCUCAAGAGACCAAACCGCCGUAGCUUUCCCUCUCCUUCAGUCUCCCUCCUCUCCAGCCUUCUGGAGGGCCUGGGCACCCAUGCCAGGCUGGGCUCCUCCUCCCAGGGCCUCUGGCAUUUCCCAGCUGUGGGAAGCAGCCAGAGUUGCUGGGAUCAUGCGCCAAGGGAGGAGCUGGCCAUAUGUUUGGACCAAAUUCCCCUACCUCUUUCAGGGAUGGACCAGAUGGGGAGAAGAGCACAGGGGCAACGAUUAGUGGUGCUCUUCCACCGGGUUGCCUGUGUGGAUGCGGUGAAGGAUACUUGUCCCAGGGGCUGCCCUGGGCUUGAAAGGAAGGAUGAGCUGGCAGCAUUCACCCUGCACUGCUUUAGGUUGCUUCUCCUGUCUCCUGUUCGGUUUUUCAAUCCAGUCUUUGCUCCCUUUAGUCUUUAAAAUCUUACAAACCAGAAGAACAAUUCACAGUUAAAAUUUUAAACAAUCUUUUACUUUCUCCUUGAGAUUCAGAGCAGCUGCUCUGGACAGCCCUGGAAGUGGCUCUUGUUUCUUCUGUCUCAGGGUUUGGCUGCUGGCGAUCCCUGUCCCUCCAGGGUGCUGGCAGGGGCGGAGGGCUGGAGGCCUCGGAGGAGUCGUGCCCAGGUUCCUCCGCACGCCAGGGCUGUGCUAGCGCUGGCAGAGGAGCAGCAGGGACGUUGUUUUGGCUGGAGGCUGUUGCUCACAGUUGAGCCCCCCUAGGCUGGUAGGGAGCACUGUGAUACUGAGACCUCACGUCCCUCCCCACAGCUCUGGCCUCCUCUCCUUGGGCCAGGAACUUGGGAAUCCCCUGGGCUCUGGGACAACUAGGUCCUCUGUUAGCAGUUGCAGCUCCCCAAAUUCACCUAGAAGCUUCCUGCUUUUCUCCUGCUGCUGCUGAGCCCACUGGGUAAAUGGUCUGUGCAGGGAGCAGGCAGGAUCAGCUCUGCCCUCUUGGAUCAGGAGGUUUCCUUCUGCAUCUGUGGCUGUUGUGAGCUGCACCUGACAGAUCCUUCCCUGCUUCCACCGCGCAGGGGGCCCGGCCCUCCGGCAGCCUGGGCAGGGAAGGCCGAGACCAGGGCGCUCUGCCUCGCUGUCAUGGGGCUCAGCAGGCAGCUUGGAGGGGAAGAGACAGAGCACGGCAGAGCCUCCUGCAUCUGCGCAGCCUGCCCAGGGUGCUGGCCGGAGCCCGUGACGGUCCGUGCGGACGGGCGAUGUUUACAGCCUUCCCUCCCACCGGAGAUGGGGACCAACCGCGGGCUGGCGCGUGGCCCCGCACCUCCCCGCACAACUCGCUGAUCCCCAGCAGUGCUGGCUUCUGUGGCUGACUUGGGAUCACCGUGUCAUGGACCAAAAUUUCAAAGCACAUUUCUGUCCCCACCUCGUUCGGGCUCCGGGUCUCGGAGCUGGAAGGACAGGGGCAGCUAUAACUGGAAAGGCGGGGGCAGGCGGGUUUGGGGGGCGUCCCGGUGCCCUUGUCCUGGGUCAGAGGAGCUGGGAGCAGCCUUUGCCCUGCCUCCGUGCUGCAGCGGUGCUCCCAGCGCCAUCCUCCUCCCCGUGGGGUCCCGCGCUCGCCUCCGCUUGCGGCCCCCGGCUCGGCACCGCCGGCUGAGCUCGGGCUGCCAGCGGAGGGGACCGUCCUGUCGCUGGGCUGCUGGGGGCUCUCGCCGUCUGGCCGGGGGUGCUUCGGAGGGGAAGGUGCUGCCUUGGCUGGUGAGGAGGGAGCCUCGGACCAAAGCGGCUGUGUCCGCCCCGGGCGUUCGACGUUCCUCGGUGCUGCCCGGGGCCGGUUCCUGAGAGAGGACCCGCUGCCUUGCGCUCACGGUCCCCUCGAAGCACAGGGGCUGCGGCGCAGCGCAGAGUGACGCUGGGGUCAGGCUGACCUGCCCCGAGGGGGUUUCUGGCCCUGCGGAAGCCACCGGCUCCGUCCCCGGGGCCGGAGCGCGGGCCGGAGCCAGGGAAGGUGAGCGUUUUGCUCCUGGCUCGUUUCCCAGCCAGCUGCAGCUGGUGGGAGCCGCAAGCCGAAGCGGGGAAGCCUUGAGCAGUCCCUGGGGGAGACCAGCCCAGGAGCAGCUGGGAUGGGCCUUACGGGAUGGGAAUCCCGGUCGGUGCUAAAGCAAGAGAGCACAAGAGCAGGGGAGAGUGGGGCCGGGAGGGGAAGGGUCUGCGUCUCUGCCUGCUAAUCCUGUUCUCAAUCACGUUCUUGUCUGGGAAUGGGGGGGGGAGUGUCAGUGUGAAUAAACUGUUUUUUAAUGGACCAAAUAAUACAGGCAAUUACAUUUUGGUAUACAGGCCUUUUUUUAAUGCUACCUUGAAACCAUUGUCCUAAAUCUCCCCUCUCAUGCCUUGCCCUUUCUUCCUUGCCAUGGGAAACAAAUCUCUUACUGCUUGAUUUCUGCCUUUUCUCUUGACUUAUGCACUUUUUUGCCUUUUUUUUCAUAGCUGAAAAGCACCUAAACCUGUAUUUAAAAUAAGUAAAUAAAUAAAAAGUUAAAAAAAAAAAAAAAGCUAAAUUGCUUCUCAUCAUGUGUAAAAUAAACCUUGUCCAUCUUAGCUUCCCCGGUUGCAUUUCAGUGCUGAGCUUAGAACGUUUGUUUUCUUUCGGAUCAGUUGAUUGGUAGGGAUUUGUCCUUGUGUAUUGCUUCCCAUGGGGUUGAGCACCCACGAAUAAAAAGUUAUUUGGCCUUUCUAACAAAACCAUCGAGUGGAAAAAACCAACCAAUUCUCUUCCUCGUUUACUCAAAAAUAAAAGUAUAAUUUUUA